UCCUACCAAAACCAAAACACUCUCAUUUUCUCAUCAUUAGGAAGAUUUAGAAUAUCCCAGGUAGGAACAAAGAAGGUUUGGUGGAGGAAGAUGAUAAUUGUUUUUAGUGGUCCUUUAGAAAUAUCGUCCAAUUUCGGAUCGUCAUAGGAUUCCACAUCAAGCUCAUAACAAUAUGAAUUUAGAUAUUCCUAUUAGUCCUUAAUCCAACUAGAUGUAUUUUUGCUAUGUUUAAAUUAAUUACUACGUUAUACACUUAUACCUUGUAUGGUUAAAAUGGAAAUUUCUCAAGCCAACCAAACAGAGACGAAUACAAUAACGCGGCGGGGAAUCACAAAUCCUACCGCCCGAUUUCAUCCACUGACUGCAGGAACUGGUCGCUUAGUGGUUGUAUCCACACAUAUCAUAUAUCCAGCCACUCUUUAUCUCAUUAGUCCAAACCAUAAAGAAAGCUUUCCCGCCUCUGUUUAUCUGUACUUGUUGGAACUGAAGUAAGUUAGUAGUUACACCCACUCAUUGCAGUUAAAACCAUGAUUCUAUAUAGAAGCAUUUUGGAGAUAUUAAAGUGCAAAUAGUAAAUUUUAAAAUUUUAAAACUUUGCUACGAUGACUUACAAUUCACCUUGAUUUGUACAAAACGGUUUACCUGUUCACUGAUAUGAUCGAUCUGUUUGGACAAAACGGUUGACCUCUUCACUAAUAAGGUCGACCUAUUUGGACAAAAUGGUCGACCUCAUUGUUGGAACAGUCGACUAGAUGUACUAUUGUUGACACCUAAAAUUAAUUCGACCAGAAUUAAAUGCCGCAUUAAUUAGUCUCAGCAUUUAAUUCGAUACCGCGGGUUAAAAACGAUGUCGUUUGGAGUUAAGCGGUGUCGCGGAGAGUUAAAACGGUACCGCAAGGAAGCUCGGCGGUACCGCGGCAUGGGAAACGACACCGCUUAAUGAAAAAAAAGGCUGCGCGCAUGUAGUUGGGUUGGAGAAGGGAGUUUUAUAAUUAAUUAUUACCUUUAUUCCUUGUAGGAAGGGGAAAAUCGGUACCGCAUGGAGAAUUAAAACGGUACCGCAAGGAAGCUCAGCGGUACCGCGGUACCGGUCACCAAAAAACAAAAGAGGGGCCGCGCAGGAGUUGAGUGUUGGGGAAUGAGUUUUGCUUACUCUAAUUAAUUAAUAUUAUUUUUUAAUCCUUGUUGGAUAGGGAGAAGUGGCACCGCGGAGAGCUAAAACGGUGCCGCGGAAUUAAAAACGGUACCGCGAUAAGCCUAACGGUAUCGUGGAUUAGCAAACGACCGUGUUUAAAAUAACAAACAAUGUCGCAAAAAGGAAAAAACAAUCGGAGCUGUGGUGGCGCUAGCGAUGUCGUUGGCCGUAGCUAGUGAUGGCCGGAUUAAUUAAUUAAUGUUUUAAUGACUUUUUAGCACGGUGUCGUUUAGUUGAAAGCGAUACCGUAAGAGGAAGAAACGACACCGCGGGACAAGGAAACGGUGUUGUUUAACCAAGAACGACGCCGGGGUGAGAGUUUGACGGCGAGUUAACAAUGAGGGCUGGUUGAAUAAAUCAGUAUUUUAUGAGUAUUUUAGACGGUGUCGUUUAAUGAAAAGCGAUGCCGCGGAAAAGCAAAACGACAGCGCGGUAGUGGUAAGAGUUCGGCCGAAGGCAGCCCGCCAAGCCUAACAGCGUCGCAAGAGUAUAGAACAACGUUGUUUGAUGGACUAACAAUGUCGUUGGUCAAAUCGGGUUGAGACAAUUGAGUGGUGAUUAUGAAACGACAUCGAUUAGUGAAAGGUGAUGCCGCGGUAUUGGUGAAACGACAUCGUUACAUGGACAAGGUUGUAGGAUUUGGCUCAACGUCGUUUCGCCAAGUUUAUGCAAACAUGAGCGGUUUCGAGUGCACGUGACUUUUACGCAAAGCAGAAAGAGGAGAUCAAGGCAGUUGAGACACGUGGGAUUUCAGGACGGAGCAGUUGAGGAAGCGGUUCCACCUAGCGUGAAGAUUACGCAAGUGAUUUCAAAUAAAAGCAGCGGAGCAAGGAGAGAGAAGGAGAACCAAAAAUCGACACAGAACAACUCUGUCAAAACUUUACCUUUUCCCUGUAACUCCUUCGCGGAGCUCUCCUUCCAGGAAGGAUCUCCAUAGUUGUAGCCUUAGUCGUAGUCGCGGAGCUCUCCACAGGAAUCUCUAUAGGAGUAGCGGUAACGUAGAUUCCUCAAAACUCAAACACCCUCGUUCGAACAUAGUUUGGAGAGGUGCGAACCGUAGUAACGGUCGUUCUUGGUUAGAAGUCAGAGGUGCAUCGAUCAAAUCAACAUCGCCGACACCGGUGGUGGAUAUUUGACGGUCACAUUGAUUUCACCAUUUAGAGGUGCAUCGAUCAAAUCAACGGCGCCGACAUUCGGCGGCGGAUAUUUGACGGUCGUCUCGAUUUCAACAAUCAGCGGUGCAUUCGAUCAAACGGCACCGCAGGAGUUUCCACCGCGAAACAUCAAAUCAACAUCGUCGGAAACGAAUUCGGCACCGGCGGUUGCAUUUGAUUUUCCCGAGGAAACAAUUUGGCACACCCGGUGGGACACGUGUGUUUGAAACGGCUCCGCGUCGAGGAAAACAAGAUCGUGAUCUUCCACACGUACCUGGAGGAGGAGGCGCCCAACAUUGAAGUUGGUCAGGCAAACGAGGCAGAUAGGCGUACUCAAUGGAUGGAGGAGCUGCUACAUUCUGAAAUCCUCUAUCUACGUCAAUCCAUGGAGGAGUUUCGCCAAUCCAUGGAGGAGUUUCACCAAGAGGUAAAUCUCCAAUUUGAUAAUCUUGACAAAAAAAUGGAUAAUCUUGAAAACAACAUAGAUCGAUGGUUUGAUAAGUUGGAUGACUGUGUUUCUGAUUUUAGUAUGUCAAUACAUAGAGCCACGUAUGAUUUUGAUGUGUUUAAAUCUGAAACCAUGUCUGUUGCGUGCAAUGAUUUAAUGGUUGAUCGACUAGCCAUGGUCAACCAAAUUCCAUCGAUGAGCCUGGCUACGACACUGUUGCCAGAAGCAAGGAAUCCCAAUGUGUCUUUUCCAAUGAACAACAUUGGUCUUAAGGACACACAAGUUGGAGGUGGCUUGCAGAAGCCACUACAAAGAGGUCAGUAUCAACAUAUUUCUAAUUAGAAUGAAAAUAAGAAUCAGGGUGGACAAUCUGGUUACAAUCACGUUGAGCAUAGCAAGCUCGCGUAUGAUGGGUUGUCCAAGCAACACCGCAAUGAUGUUCAAUCUAAGCCGCUAGGGGGGCAUGAGAUCCCACCGCAUGGCGGGUUGAAAGAAAAACAACACCGUAAGUGGCAAAUAAGUUUGCCACAUCCACCCCAUUCUAUGAAAAAUCAAACUAGGAUAACCACAAACACUACUCAAGAUGGAGGUGGUGACCACGUGAAAAGAUCUAAUGCCACCAAAGUGGGCAUGAAUCAACAUAACCCUCAUUGUAAUUUGUCCCCAAAGCCUCCACUGAGUGGACAGGGGGGCAAGUUCAAUCAACCCCAACAUGGAGUUGUCACACCAAUGCUGGCUGGGAAAAAGUAUUCCAUGAUUUUCGGGCAGGGGGGCAAGCUAAAUGCCCAAAAAAUUCCAAUCUCACGUGAAAAUUCAAAAGAUACCAAGCGGUUCUGUGAUAAGUGCAAAAAUCAAAAUAACCACAUGACUGUUGGUGAAACUCGUAGACCUCGAGGCUUGCACUCUCAACAAUAUGGUGAGGAUGUGCACCUAACAAAACCAGACCAGUCUGGGCAAGCAAUGCCACAUGGUCAACUUGGCAAGACAAAGGCGCCAAGAAGCUUGAACACCCCUCCUAGAGUUAAAACCGAUAGUGAUUUUCCAUGCCACGACCCUAUGGCUAAGAUGAAGCCAAAUCGAGCUCGUGGAUUUUCGAACAAAGAUGUUCGAGCUGGACGAACUCGAGAAUUGCCAUCUAACAUCGACUUCAAAUCAUCUCAGUUGUGUGUAAAGCCAACUGUGAUGAGUCAUGAGAUUUAUGGAUGGCUUGUUUGGUUUGAUCGAUGGAGUUGGCAAUGGGUGUGGACUUUUGGCAGGAUGGUUUAUGCCCCAGUAGACCCUGCUUUUGUUUAGUUGUUAUUAAAAUAAAUAAAAUAUGGCUAAUUUAGGCCACGUAUUAUAUAAAAAAAAAUUAUUACAAAAAAAUAGAAUCAAGCGACAUUGUUGAGAAGAAGCCACAACGCUGUUGCCAAUGAUUCAAGAUGACAAGCGGUGUUGUGUUCUCUUUUCUCAAUAGUGUUGGAGGGAUACACACCGCUAUGAGACAGCCUCUAUUGUUUUGAAAACAAUAUUAUUUAAAUAAAGGUAAUAUGCCGUUGUUUACUCAAAACAGCGUUGCGGGGUUGUGAUACAAGGCCGCUAGGUUUAUUUUCAGUGCGGCCUGCUUGUUAGAUUUUAAAUAAUAAUAAAAAACUUAAUACCGCUGAUUUGGUUUAAGCAACAGUGCGGCAGUAUUGGUUACUGCGCUACCGCGUUGCGGACUAACUCAGUAUUGUUUUGUUUUUAUUUUUAUUUAUUCUUAUAUGUGCCGAUUGGGGCAGGAUUGUAAAAAAAAAAUAAAGAAGCAAAGAGGGCGGCCAAACAGCCCUGGCAAAAAAAAAAAAAAAAAAAGUAUUCAGCUCUGCCGCCGAACCAAACAGCUCUGGCGGGGGAAAAAUAAUAAAAAAAAGGGCCUUCUCAGCGCUGUUGCGCACAACCCAGAGAAAUAAAAUAAAAUAAAAAAAUUUGG